AUGUUCCGGCCAAGUGGCUACAACUACCCAUCGGAAGACGACCAGCCGACCGCCGGACCUAGUGGCCAGUAUGGUGGCCCUUAUGGCUAUCUCGGCGCGGGCCCGCAGAUUCCGACACAGCAGCAUGGGUAUUCACAAUCAACCUACGCACCUCCGCUGUUGAUGUACUCUACCACCGUCCCUAAUUAUAGACCCCCAAGAGCCUAUCCCCCAGCUAACGAGAGAAGGUACCUCUCAGUGUUCGUACAGAAUGUGUUCGUCGGGAUAAGGAUUCCGAUGGUUGCGUGA